AUGAAACUCCUCACGCUAAACUUCCUCACCUGCGCGAUAAAAACCUGCAAGACAAACCCCCUCUCCUUUCCCCUGCACCCGCGCGACGCCGAGCUCGAAAUCCAAGAGGCAGACGUGAACCUGGCGUUUUUGAAGAACAUACUGCCGCGCCUGAUGUGGGAGGAGAUUAGGGUUAUUGCCGCGGAGUUGGGACUCCCAGAACUCCCUGCGACACCGCCGACGCCCGCGGAUCUCGUUUCGGCAGAAGGAGCGCUGGAUACAGAUACGGCGGACGAGAAGUCAGACGGCGAGGAGACGCCGACGCAGACGGCGCUGGAUUUGCAUCGCGUGCUGCUGGAGACGUGUAUACAGGAGGGCAAGCUGGUGUGCGGGAGCUGCGGACACGAAUACGCGGUUAAAGAGGGUGUUGCGAAUUUCUUGCUGCCGGGGCAUUUGGUGUAG